GAUGGCUGAAAUUCUACUUACAGCAGCAAUCAUGAAAGCCACAGAUGUAUGCAUCGAUCUAGUUGAUGAAGAAGGCUCCGCCUUUAAGAAGUUAAGAGAGAACAUCCACUGGAUGGAAAGGCAGCUGAGACACAUGCAAUCUUACCUGGAAGUUGCGGAGGCCCGGAAACGCCAUGAUCGCCGAGCUGCAAAUUUGGUUGAGGAUAUUGAAGAACUCGCAGGCGAUGUUGAAGACACGCUCGAAACCUUUCUUUCCCAUGUGGACUCCCACCGCUCUGCCUGUCGUAUCUUCCCGAAUUUCAGCGCUGUUCAUAAGUUCUCGGUCAAGAUAGAAACCAUCAAGAAGAGGAUCAAAGACAUAGACGACGAUCGAAAGACUUACCGGAUCAUGGAUACCGCUGGCUCCAAAGGUUCACAGAAAUGGGAUGCUCGAAGAGCUUAUCUUCUUCUAGCUGAUGAAGCAGAGGUCGUGGGACUAGACGAAGAUUGCGAGCAAUUAGAGGCCAGAUUGAGGGACCAAAGGCUCGAUUUUGGGGUUGUCUCAAUUGUUGGCAUGCCGGGUUUAGGCAAGACAACUCUUGCAAAGAAGAUCUUCAAGAAUGUACAGCAUUGUUUCCAGUGUUCAGCUAUGGUCUACGUUUCACAAGCCCCCAAAAUCAGAGACCUUCUUGGGGACAUAGCUAGGCAAGUUGGCUUAACAGAGGAGCAGAUAAAGAAACAACCGGAGACCAACCUGUACUCCUUCCUGCAGCAAAGGAGGUACAUAAUUCUGUUUGACGAAAUCUGGGAUUUUGAAUCAUGGGAUGCCAUCAAAUAUUGCAUCCCCACUGCCAAAAAUGGCAGCAGGAUUAUCAUCACCUCGCGAAAUAACAGCGUGGGUAGAUACAUUGGAGGCCAGCACUCCCUUCACACCUUGCAGCCUCUAGAUCGCGAGAAGAGCUGGGAACUGUUCAGCAAACAAAUCAUAAGCAGAUUCGAAAAGAUGACAGCUUUUCCAGAAGAACUAAAGUCUGUGGGAGAACAGAUAGUGGGAAAAUGUGGGGGUGUGCCUUUAGCAAUUGUGGUAACUGCAGGCAUGCUGCGUGCUAGAGAAAGAAGUGAAAAUGAAUGGAAACAAGUACUAAACAAUAUAGGUCAAGACGAUGAAGAUGAAUGCUCGAGAGUGUUGGCUUUGAGCUAUGAGGAUCUGCCCACCAGGCUCAAACAUUGUUUCCUGUAUUUUGGGCUGUUCCAAGAGGACUAUGAAAUUAAAGCUUUGGACUUGAUGAAUAUGUGGAUAGCUGAAAAGCUGGUGGAACAACCUAGUAACGAGGAGGAGCGAGAGAUUGAGGAUGUAGCAGAGGGAUACCUCAACAAUCUGAUUGCUCGCAACCUGAUCCAAGUCUCAAGAAGCAAAUACAAUGGGAAGAUCAAGAGCUGCAGAAUCCAUGAUAUUUUGCGCAGUAGUCUGUGCAUCAAUAUAGGAAAGAAGAGUAAGUUCUGCAGCGUGUUGGGUGCCAAAGGAGCGCGGAGAGUGGCCUCCAAUGCCAAGACCAUUACAGAGAACGUCAAACCAAACUCUGAAACUUCAAAACUGCGUGUUUUGAUGUGUGCCUCUGCAGAAAAACAUUAUGGGAAGGAGAAGGAGCUGCUGAAAUGCAUUUCCAGUUUUAAGCUGCUGCGAGUUCUGAGCCUGGAAUUCGAUAGGGACUGCACUCUCACAUGUUUCCCCAACGAAUUCUGGAAUCUCAUCCAUCUCACCUACUUCCGCCUCCGAGUUUCAAAUCUAGUAAUUCCUUCCGGUAUAAGGAACCUGAAGAAUCUACUGACCUUAAACAUCCGAGGUUGUGGGGAAGUCAGCAUUCAUCCUAGCUUUUGGAAGAUGAAACAGCUAAGGCAUGUCCUGGUUGACAUGGAAAACUGGCGCUACAAAGGCACAAAUCAGGAUCGCAGCAGCAGCAUCUCUUCUGCAUCGGUUUCUUUAGAAAACCUCAGAACUCUGGAGUGGGUGAGCAUUGAGAUCAUCCAACUUGCAGGUGUCCAGAGCCUCAGCAGAUUAAGAAGACUGGGAAUAUACAGCCAUUUCGGGCGAAAGAUUGAGCAACUCUUCAGUUCAAUGCCACCAUUGGAGAAUCUUGAGAAACUCUCUUUGUCCUUCAUUUAUCCAGCCAACAUUGGGGGCAUGCUCAGAUUGAACCUCUCUGGAUAUCAUAGCCUUCUCAAACUACGCAUCAAAGGAUGUCUGUUCAAGCUGCCAAAUGUGGAUGCCUUCCCACCAAACCUCGUCAAGCUGUGUCUGUUUUACACCAAGAUGGAUGAGGACCCAAUGAAGACUCUGAAGAGGCUACCAAAGUUGAAGUUCCUCAAGCUGAUAGACGGAUAUGGUGGGUUAUCUGUAAUGGAUUUCUCUGGUGCAGGAAGCUUUCCUCAGCUUCAAGUGCUGCACAUUCAGUUCUUUUACAAGCUGGGAGAGUUGAUUUCCGAUGAAGAAUUAGGAAUGCCAAACCUCAAGAAAGUAAUCCUCAGGGAUUGCCCCAAUGUUGUGAGGAUCACAGGGAGGAUUCAGUUCCUUAUUGGUAGGAGCCAUUGGUUCAGCCCUGUUUAAGGAA